AUGGACCUCUUCGCAGCCGGCUGCGUUUGGUUUGAGGUAGUCUCAGCUUCGUCGUGUUUGAGUGAUAUAGAGAACACAAGGGAACAAGAUAAAUGCCCACUCAGUUCUUAUUGUAAAUAUUUGCACUAGUCUUAGUGACGUAAGUGCGGCUUCACAGUUCAGGGCCGCCAGUGGGGUCGUCGUUUUGCUGCUGAGUUCGAUGCCACAAAGUUGACACGCUCGCCAGUUGCUCCCGGGCGAGGCGCUUGCCCUUGCGUCGAGGCGGACGGGGUUGCUGAGCAUGAGGCAGAGCGUGCGCCUGAGGUGCAGGCACCACGUGGCAGGCCAUGGGCGGGGCAGUGGUCCUCGACGGGGUGCGCGUACGUGCGGCCGCGGGUCGUCGGCUGCUUCGGGGACACCUCCCCGGCGGGUGGGCUUCUGCGUCCACUCGUAAAGAAGACAGGCCCGGCGGUUCGGUCGCUUUUCGCGGAGGUUGGCCAAGCUGAUCUGCCUUGUGAGGCAUUGGAGCGCGCCGCACUGAAGUCCAGGCGUGCCGCGCUGUGCAAUGGGGUCCGCCCGUGGCAGCUCUCGGCCUCCGGGAGGAUGAUGGCCGCGCUUGGUGCUCGUGCGCGAAGAGCAAGGGCAGGCCUGUCGGAAGCUUGCGCGUCGCCUUCAGGCAUAUGCGGCCAGCUAAGGGGAGACUGCAAUCGGGCGCCUCGCGGAGCUGCUUGAGCGAGCACAGCGCGAAGCGCAGGAGAGAGCGAAGAAGCAGAACGCAAGCGAGGAGAAGGACGCUGCGCCGCUGGGGGCCGGGUGCUAGGGCUUGGGGGUUUUGGCGUAAAAACAACAGGAGUGUUAGACAGAAAGGGGGGGGGUCGAGUUAGGGGGGGGCCAAGACGAAGACGAGUUAGGCUAACCUAGGAAGCUAGAAAGGUUGCUUGUUUGUUUAACGUUUUCAACAACACUGAGAGAAAGUAGUGGCGUCACAGUGAAGCGUCAGCUACAGUUUCUUUUUUUCAACUAUCUUACAAAUUCCUUACAAUUUUCUUACAAACUUCUUAAAAACGCAAACUACUUCCAGUUUUCUUAAUAACUUCAGACAAAUCUUCCUCCUAGUAUUUUCUUACAAAUCUGAAAUUCAAAUUUGUAAGAAAUCUCUGCUAGAGCAGGAUAGAUUCUUUAUAAUAAUGCUCAGGCGUGCUUGUGCUAAGUAGGCCGAUACUAUUGCUUAAAGGUAGCGCUUGAGGAAGUUUGUUGCCACUUCUCUCCUCAGUACCGUGUUGCUGUUAGUUUAGUCAAAACUUGUGUGAGUAAGCAUCGUGACGAAACACUAUGACGCCGCGCGGCAGUCUGCGCGGAAAACUGUGCGAGAUUAGUUGUAUUGUAUUGUAUACAAUUAAAAAAUCUCGACACAGGUGAUGCUGAUGGCCCUAUUCCACCUUUUCUUGGGGGAGAACGAGAUGGACCACGACCAGCUGCAGAAGAUUCAUGGUAUAUUUGGCAUUCCCACCGAGGAGGUGCUUCGAAGGUUAAAGCUGAAUUCGGACAUGGCUUUCCCGGAGAAAGAGGGCACGGGAAUCGACCACUUGAUCUUCCGCGCGAGGCUAGACGUCCUGUCGGUGCUGAAAAAGUUGCUGCGAUACGACCCCGAGGAAACAAUAACGGCGAGGCACGGGCUGCUGUCGCCGUACUUCGAAGAGGUACCGGAGCGAACCAUCACGCACCGCGAAACGGAAAGGGAGAGCAACACAAAUAGCAUACCCACCAGCACAUUCUGUACAUAGCUUGAGUUUGAAGUUCGAGUUUGACAUAGCGAUAGCUUUGAGUUUGAAGUUUGAGUUCGCUCUUGUGGAUAGUUGCAACAUUUGAGGUAGAGCAAGUGCGGCACUUCAGAAGUAGACACAGACGAUCUAGUAGUUCAUGGACGGAUUCUGCAUCACGACUUAGGGGGAGGCGAUGUACUACUUGAGGGGCGUCUCGUCAAUCCACUCCUGCGGAUGCCCUUAUUGCCACAGAUGAUGUGCCACCCAUCGGCCGCGCGCCGGCUGUGUUUGCGUGCCUGGUUUCCCCUCAUAGAUACUGUCACACUUUUCGGGAAAAGGGGGGCCGCAAGCGGUCGCCACCCAUCGGCCGCGCGCCGGACAAAUACCAUGUUCAUUAAACUGAGGGAAGAUGUAUGAGUGUCACUGACGAACAACAAUUUUUGAUGCGAUGCCAGUUUGCAAAGUUUUUGUGGUGUCCUGAGAUCCAGCAUAUUGUUGGC